AUGGAAUCAAUUAACCCCUGGACAUUGGGGCUGCCCCGCCAAGAGUGCAUGCCAGGGUCGUACUGGCCCCCCAGCUUGGAGGAGCCCGUUAGUUCGGUGCCCAAGAGCCAGAGCGGGCAGCACAUGCACCGUGCACCGUGCACCCAGCUCCCCCAGCCCGCCCGUCCUCGCCCACUGGGGUUCACUGGCAGGUUGCGACAACCAUCAACAAUCGAUCCUGGGUCGCCUGCCAACAAAUCCGUCAUCAGCCCAGCCUCCACCACGCCCACCUCGACCGCCCGCCCUGCCUGGUCGAGUCGACGACGGCCAGGCUUUACCAAUUACAACCGCGACGCAGCUCCCAGAGCCCGCCACUGCGAGAGCAGGGCGAGAAAAUAA